UUAUCAAUAUUUUCGAAUUCACAAAUAUGCAAUUUAUAACCUUCAAAACAUUUUUAAGACGAUUUAUUCAAAGGAAAUAAUUAAGCUGAGUUUAAAUAGAUAUUUGUUUUACUUAUACCAAAUUUAAAUUACAUAGAAAUUGUGUAUUUUUUUAUCCGAACUUAAUGCUUGUUUACCGCUGCUGUCAUUCAAAAUUUUUGGAGCCAAAAUCGAACAAAGAAAUAAACAAACUUAACUAAGACCAUGGCAAAGAGAAUCCCAGAUGAAUUGGAGGAUUUUGAUACAGAAAAGUUGUGUGACUGGUUGAGAACAGAGCAGAAAUGUGACGAAAGUAUAGUUCAGUCAAUUAGCGAUGCAGAAAUAACUGGACGUAUCUUCAUUGAUCUGGAUGAUGGGGACUUGAAAGACUUGUUUUCAUCAUUUCUCCAACGGAAGCAAAUUAGAAAGAUACUGAAAGAAGUGCAUGCUGACACAGAUGAGAUAGAAGUCACACCGUCAAAAAGGCAGAGAGUUGCGCUACCAGCAAGAAGUCCAGUUUUGUCUCCUGCAGUAGUUACCCCUUCAACUUCAGGCAGUUUGAGUUCUUCAUCAGUAGUCUCUAUUCCAAAGUCGCUGGUACUUGAAGAGCCACAAAACUACUCCGUGAAAGAAAUUGAUUUUGAGAGAAAAAAGAUCAUACGGUUAUCCAUGGACUCCAUGAUAGGUACUUGUGGAGGCAGGCCAACUGAGACUGAAAUACAACAGCAGGCAAGGGCACUGGCGGCUGCCUAUCCAACGUUGAGGGAUAACCCAACUGAAGGAAUCCGGGAGAACUAUGUAAUUGGGCAUGAAAAUCCUAUACAUAGAAAUCACUAGUUGGAUUUCUGCGAAGGAGAAUGUACAACAUAACUCCUGCCGCCACAAACAGAGGCCGUAAAAAGAGAUUAGCUGAAGUAGAAAAGGUAGUCGAGGAGUCUGACAGUAUGGAUAUCAGUACUGAAG